AUGUUAUAUGGUAUAUUAUUGGAAAGUGUACGAGAUGGAAUAUGUCUUAAUUAUGGAAGACAAAUUUGGAAAAGAAUCGUACAAGAAUUAAAUUUUGAACAUGAAACAUUUACAACAUUUGGACAAUAUGAUGAUAGUUUAGUUACAAAAAUAGCUGAAUGUCUUUCGGAUAUUUUACAUGAAGAAACAAGUGAUUAUUAUAUGGAAUAUUUUGGUGAAUGUUUUGUUCGAUUUUUUACAAAUUAUGGUUAUGAUAAAAUUUUACGUGUUGCUGGAAGACAUUUUAGAGAUUUUCUUCAUUCAAUUGAUCAACUUCAUGAUUCAAAUAAAUAUAGUUUUCCCAAAAUGAAAUCUCCACUAUUUCAUGUUUUACAAGAAGAUCAAUAUGGAGCGUUACUUCAAUAUAAAUCUCGUCGUCAAGGUUUUCAACAAUAUAUUAUUGGACAAUUAAGAGAAUGUGGAACUAGAUUUUAUAAUGAAAAUAUUUAUGUUAAAAUUCAAGAAAAUAUUUCAACUAAUCAAUGCACUGUUGUUACAUUUCGAGUUAAUUUUAAUAAUUCAAUUAUAAAUGAAAUAUCAAAAAAUCUUCAUCCAUUUCCAAAUUUACCUAAUUUAACAAGUGAAACAUUUUUUAAAAUUUUUCCAUUUAGUAUAUUAAUUGAUUCAUCAUUAUGUAUAUCACAUAUGGGAAAAUCAAUUAAAAAUCUUUUUCCAAUAGAUACUAUUUUAAUUGGAAGAUAUCUUAAUGAUAUAUUUAAUUUAAUUCGACCUGAUAUUACAUUAGAAUGGAAUAAUUUAAUUAAUUAUGGUCGACAUAUUGUAUUUUUAAUGGAAAAUCGAAUUCCACUUAAAUCUUUGAAUAAUUUCAAUGAAACACCUCGAAUUAAUUUAAAAGGACAAAUGAAAUGGCUAAGUAGCUGGAAUUUAAUUGCUUUUUUAUGUCAUCCAGUAUUAUCAACAACAGAAGAAAUGUUGAAUAUUGGAUUAUCCGUUCAUGAUUUAAAUUUUUAUGAUGGAUCAAGUGAAAUUCUUAUAUCAGGAAUUCAACAUCAUAGACAAUUACAUUCAGAAAUUGAUAAACAACAAGCAUGGGUUUCCAAAUUACAAACAUCAAAACUUGAAUUAAAACAAUGGAGAGAAAAAGGAAGACAUCUUCUUUAUUCUUUAAUGCCACGUCAUAUUGGUAUUAUGCUUCAACAAGGAAUUGUUCCAAAUUCAAUUUGUGAAUCUCAUAAAUUAGUCACUGUAUUAUUUUGUUAUACAUUAGAUUUUAAAGAUGUUAUUCAAAAAUUAUCUCCAACUGAAAUAGUUCAAUCAAUUAAUGAAAUGAUUAUUAUUUUUGAUCAAUGUACGGAAAAAUAUGAUGUUUUCAAAGUUGAAACAAAAGCUGAUUCAUCAUAUAUGCUUGUUUCAGGAAUUCAACAAAGAAUUUCUCAAAGAAGAAUAUCGGAUCGAUCAGAUUCAAGUGAUCAAAGUGAAAUAAUUAGUGGACUUGCAAUUGAUUUAUUAAAAGAAUCAAAAAAAUUAAUUAAUAAAAUAACAAAAGAAUCAUUUCAAAUUAAAAUUGGUUUUCAUUCUGGUUCAGCUGUUGGAGGAAUUGUUGGACAUAAAAAUUAUCAAUAUUGUUUGUUUGGUGAUACAAUUAAUACAGCAAGUCGAAUAACAGCAACAAGUGAUAUUGGUCGAAUUCAUUUAAGUGAAACAUCAUGGCAAUUAUUAAAAGAUUCAAUGUAUUUUGAAACAAGUCCCAGAGGAAAAAUUCCAAUAAAAGGAAAAGGAGAAAUGGAAACACAUUGGUUAAUUAAUUCAAAAGAAGCGUUUAUUAAAGAAAUGAAUAAAUAUGAAUCAAUUACAAAUAAUAAUCAGAACUUAUCAUCAUUAUCUGAUAUUCAUUCAACAAUCGUUGAAAAUAAUCAAAGAAAAAAAUCACUUCCAAAUGUUAUUAAUAAAAGAACGUCAUUUGAAGGAAUAUGUCCAUUUUCAUAUCACAAAUAA